GGUGAAAAGCACAAGCACAAUGGUUGGCAUAUAUUCAAGCUAAAAGAUGCUCUUUGACUCACACCACACCGAUGCCCAAGAUGGAUCCAGUGCCCGAGGGCAAUAAUCAUCGCAUGGAGAGCAUACGGUGGUGAAGGAAAGGAACAAGCAAGCACUUCCGUAUCCAACAGCAACACAUCCCGGGCUGACCUCCCUCUACGUACACCAGUCCACUGGAACUUAGAAUAUUUGAAGCGGCAGCCUGUGAUUGAGAGUAUGGGGGCUUGAGAAGCGGUCCACACCUUCCAAACAUGGAUGACGGACGGCACAGCUACCAUUGGUUCAUCAGGCAUGGACAGACGUCUACUGCAAGCAGCUGUAGCUGGUUAUACAGCAGAAAUGGAGAGCAUUGUUCGGGAUGACCCGGACAUGCUGCUUGGAACAACUCCACAGGGGAAUACCUGCCUCCACAUCGCCUCCGCUCAUGGCCACCAGGGAUUCUGCAAAUAUAUCAUUGAAGUACAAACGCAGUCUCGUCUCCUCAACACCGUCAACACAGAUGGCGAGACACCGUUGAUCACCGCCGUGACCAGCGGCCAUGUCUCUUUAGCUUCAUAUCUGCUCAAGUGCUGCCUCGACGACGGGCACUUGACCGAAGCAAUCUUGAACCAAGACAAGCAUGGAUGCAAUGCGCUGCACCACGCCAUCCGCUGCGGACACAAGAAGCUCGCUCUCGAGCUGAUAGAAGUGGAGCCUGACUUGUCGAAAGCUGUUAACAAAUAUGACGAGUCGCCCAUGUUCAUCGCGGCGAUGAGAAAUUUCACAGAUGUAGUCGAGAAGCUGUUGGAGGUUCCUGAUUCUGCUCAUGGGGGAACCUCCAGAUUCAAUGCUCUGCAUGCUGCCGUCAGAAAUGGCAAUUCAGUUAUCGCCAAAAUGCUUGUUGAGAGACGUCCUGUGUUGGUGAGACAAGAAAACAGCGCAGCGAGUACUCCAAUGCGUUUUGCCAUUAUUGAGAACAAGAUUUCCGUGCUAAGAGUGUUGUUGGAACAUGACUUCUCUUUGGGAUAUGAAGUCUACACAAAUGGUACCAUUCUUCUUCACUAUGCCGCAGAGCGAGGCAAUGUUGAUGCUGCUCGAGAGCUUCUUAAACACUGUCCAGAUGCUCCCUCUAUUGUUAGAGAUGGUACCUCAUGUCUCCACACAGCCGUACACUGUGAUCAGACAGAGUUUGUAGAAUUUGUUGUGCAGUCACAACAGCUUCGGAAACUCAUCAACAUGCGAGAUAAAGACGGUUGUACUGCUCUGCAUCGUGCAAUCCUGAAGUGUAAUCCGAAAAUUGUCGCUGCAUUACUGUGUCAUCAAGACAAAGACGUCACAAUGCUCAAUAGAUCUGGUAACCCGGCAAUCUGGGUUCCAUCUGAUGCCGUCGAUCACGCUAAGACAUUGAAUUGGAAUGAAGUAUCCAUGCUUAUGUUAAAAGCAGAUCCAGAAGCUGCAGGGGCAAUUUAUAAUCUUCAAAGGUCAAUAAAAGCUGUAGUUAUUGAAAAAUCAAAGAAAGAUAUCAGGUCAUUGACUCAGACAUACACAGGAAACACUUCUUUAGUAGCGAUCCUCAUUACGACAAUCACCUUUGCUGCUGCUUUUACCUUGCCUGGAGGAUACAGUAGUGAUGCUGGAAGUCAGGGGCUCCCCGUUAUGGGUAGGAGCCUUGCAUUUAAGGCGUUCUUGAUCUCCGACACCUUAGCAAUGUGCUCCUCACUUAUUGUUGCCUUCGUAUGCAUCAUAGCAAGGUGGGAGGAUCUUGAAUUCUUGCUUUACUACAGAUCUUUUACAAAGAAGCUUAUGUGGUUUGCAUACAUGGCAACUGCCACAGCAUUCGCGACUGGUUUAUACACUGUUUUGGCCCCUCAUCUCAAGGUAUUGGCCAUUGCAAUCUGUGUUGUAUCAAUUUUAUUGCCUAUUAUUACUAAGCUAGUUGGUGAGUGGCCCACCCUGAAGCUCAAGAUUCAGUUGGGCAAAACUUUCAAGUCUGACCUCCUUGAUAUGGUUUGAUCUCUCACAAGUUAAUAUGUUGGUUCCGAUCCAGCUACGCAUUAUGUUUAUCAUCUUAAGAAAAAUAUUAGGUAUCUUACCAACUAUUAUGCAGAUUGUGUUAGGUUUGUAAUAUGGGAUGCUCCAAAAAGCAUAAUUUAUGUAAUGAACAUCAUUUAUAUUUCAAGCUUUUGCUGAUUGAUAAUCUGUAAUAAUUAUUUCAAUUUGUUUUU